UCACCACCCAAAGAAGUGAGCACCGCGCCCCUCAUCCACCCUGGACCGUCGAGCACGCCGGGUCUCGAGCCUGGCAGUAGACCUGAGGACUACAUGAUCUCCGCCGCUCAUCUCACCGGGACAACAUGUGGAUCAUCCCUGAACAUCGACCAAUGUCUUCCCCAGUCUAUCGCAUCCUUCCAGAUGCCCGGCUACAAGGCUUCUCUGUGGCGUGGCUCCCUGUGGCGUGGACCUUCGUUGUACCCCCUGUGCAGCCGGGUGGAGCGCAGGUGCACUGCCAAGGUUCUCCGGUGAAGAAAUGGGAACUGCAAGCGCGAUUUGGCGGACAACUGCUUCGCCACUGUUUCAAGGAGGCGGCCAACUCAGCUCUCCCAGGCGACGGAGAGGGCGACGUGGAGAACUGGCAGGAGCUCGAAACCGAAAGUGAGGACGAGGACGAGGAGGAGGAGGAAGAGUGGGACACGUUGGGUGAGCUGGUGCAGCUGCCGCGCAGUGGCCCUGCACAGCCGGUGGUGGACGAGGUCAUGGAGAAGAGACCAAAAUACACCGACGUCAUGACCAGCUUGUGUGUGCGGAGCAUGGCGGGUGACACGAUCCUGGAGAUGCAGAUAGGUUCAUGGCAUGUGCUUUCGCUGCCGAUGAAGUACUUCAUUUGUGGUCGGCUCCGGAUGCGGGACGGGGAGUAUGACUUGCUGUUCGAGAACCACAUCUUGGGCCUCGAUGAGAAGCUCGGGAAGCUCAUCUCUGAAAUUCCAGAGCACGGCAUCGAGCUCAUGCUCGUGAGGAACCUGCGGCCAGAUGAGGACCAUCCGAUGGAUCACUGGCCCAACGACGAGUACGAGGACCAUGAGAUCGAUCAAGUCAUGCGACGAGUUCAACUGCUGCGCGGCGGCGCGACUGGCGCUCCACGCUCGCCUCGCUCCAUGAGACAUGCGUGGCGCAAUACGCCGCAGCUCACGCAAGUGGCCAAUGCGGAUUGACUAAGAGCCAAUGCGCUCCAAAGGGCACUGAAUUCUUCGGGGUUCCGCCUCCGACCAACUGAAGUUGCAAGCCGGACGGACAAGCCAAUGGCCGAAACGUGGACCCUUGAGUCAUGAUCACCCUUGUGGUGAAGUCAUGUGAAGUCAUGUGAAGUCCAUGGAAGCCCUCUUCGGUGACUCUUGAUCAAGAGUCAAGAUCUCAGUGGGGCCUCAGGGAACCUCAUGGACUCAAUGGACUCAGUGUAUGACGGAAGGCGGCUAGAAAUUCCUUCAUAGCUCCUUGGAGGCGGUGGCCUGACAUGUGCGCGACAUGUGCGCGACAUGUGCUAGUUUUCUGAUUGUAAUGGGCUAUGUUCAUGGG